AAUUUAAUUUAAUGAACAUUUUGUCAAUAAACCAACCAGGAAAGCUCAUUCGGGGCUCGUGAAAGACAUUAAUGGGAAACUUCAAAAUGUUACUUAUUUUGUUAUUUCUAGUAUCCUACAUGAGAGGCUCGACUUCUUUACACAAUUUAGGAAUGAGUGAAUGUAUUCGUGAUGGUGGCGAGACUUUGCUUUCAGCUGAUGCAAGUUUCGAACUGGGUUUCUUCAGCCCUGGAACUUCAACAAAUCGAUAUUUGGGUGUCUGGUACACAGAUGUAUCAGGAAAGCAAACAGUUGUGUGGGUGGCCAACAGAGAAACACCACUCCACAACAAGUCAGGGAUCCUCAUGUUAAACGAAAUGGGGAUUCUUCAACUUCGCACCGGGGCAAACGCUACUAUUCUUUGGUCGUCCAAGGUAUCAGACGAAGCCUUUAAUUUGAGUAAUUCAACAGCAGAGCUCUUUGAUUCAGGAAAUCUUGUGGUGAAAAGUGGGCAGGAUGAGGGCAGCUUCUUGUGGCAGAGUUUUGAUUAUCCCUGUGACACUUUGAUGCCGGGAAUGAAGCUCGGACUAAAAUCUGGCAUAGAUAGAUAUUUGUCAAGCUGGAAAAGUACAGAUGACCCUGCAGUGGGAGAAUAUUCCAUCAAAAUUGAUCGUAAAGGGUAUCCGCAACUAGUUCAGAUGAAAGGAUCCUUCAUUAACGCUAGAGAGGGCUCAUGGAAUGGCAUUUAUUUCACUGGAUAUCCGAAUCUGCAACAGAGCAUUUUUAAACGAGAAUUUGUAUUCAGUGAUAGAGAGGUGUAUUAUGAGUUUGAUAUACUUGAUAGAUCAAUUUUCAAAAUAUUUAGAGCGACCCCUUCAGGUGGUUGGGAAAACAUGGUAUGGACAAGUCAAACUGCGGAAACUACUACGUCCGGGGGGCAGGAUGCAUGCGACAGUUAUGCAUUCUGCGGUUCGAAUUCUGUAUGCAACAUUGGUGAUAAUGUUGCAUCAUGUGAAUGCCUCAAAGGAUAUGUUCCCAAGUUUCCUCAACAAUGGAAUGUGUCAUAUUGGUCCAAUGGUUGUGUUAGAAAGACUUCAUCGACGUGUAAUAACACACAAGGCUUCUUGAGGUACAAAGACAUGAAAUUGCCGGACACAUCUUCUUCAUGGUUUAAUAACGCAAUGAAUCUUGAGGAAUGUCAGAAGACAUGCUUGAAAAAUUGUUCUUGUACGGCUUAUGCGAAUUUGGAUAUUCGUAAUGGAGGAACUGGUUGUCUGCUUUGGUUUGAUCACCUUAUUGACAUUCGGCAAUUCUCACAAGAGGGUCAAGACCUGUACAUCAAAGUCCCUAGUUCUGAGUUAGCUAAUGACCAUGGAAACAAGAAGAUAAAGACGGUAGCAAUUGCUGUUGGAAUGAUUAUUUUUGGAUUAAUCUGUUGGGUUACCAUAAUGCUAAUUAAAUAUCCAGGGUUCGCAAGAAAUAUAAGGAAAAAUAAACAAAGACAAGAUGUUGAUCUCCCAAUAUUUGAUUUCUCAGUCUUAGCUAAAGCUACAGACAACUUUUCAAGCAACAAAAAACUUGGAGAAGGUGGUUUUGGACCAGUAUACAAGGCUACUAUAAAUGGUCAAGAACUAGCAGUUAAAAGACUUUCAAAAAAGUCUGGCCAAGGAUCAGAAGAAUUCAAAAAUGAGGUAGUGUUAAUAGCCAAGCUUCAACAUCGUAAUCUUGUAAAACUUCUUGGUUGUUGCAUUCAGGGGGAAGAAAAAAUAUUGGUCUAUGAAUACAUGCCUAACAAAAGCUUGGAUCACUUUGUUUUUGAUGAAACAAGAAGAAAGGCCGUAGAUUGGCUUAAGCGUUUUAACAUUAUUGGCGGCAUUGCUCGAGGACUUCUUUAUCUCCAUCAAGAUUCUAGACUAAAGAUUAUACAUAGAGAUCUUAAAACUAGUAAUAUUCUUUUGGAUGCAAAUUUAAAUCCCAAAAUAUCAGAUUUUGGCUUGGCUCGAACAUUUUUUGGUGAUCAAGUUGAGGCAAAUACAAAUAGAGUUGCUGGAACAUAUGGUUAUAUGCCUCCUGAAUAUGCAGUACAUGGACAAUUUUCAGAGAAAUCAGAUGUAUUUAGUUAUGGUGUGAUAGUAUUAGAGUUGUUAAGUGCGAAACGAAAUAGGGAAUUCUCAGAUUCCGAAAACUAUCUUAAUCUACUUGGACAUGCAUGGAGAUUAUGGACUGAGGAUAGGCCACUGGAACUAUUGGAUGAAGUGAUAAGGGAAAAUUGCAACCAUUUUGAAGCCAUAAGAUGCAUACAAGUGGGCUUACUAUGUGUGCAACAAAGACCAGAAGAUAGGCCAAGUAUGUCAUUGGUGCUUCUAAUGCUAAAUGGCGAGAAAAUGUUGCCCAAACCAAAAUUUCCUGGAUUUUACAUUGAUAGAGGUGUUCAACUUUAAGCAGAUUCUUCAUUGCCGAACAACACACUCUUUUCAGCUAACCAAAUUUCUAUAACAAUAUUAGAAGCUAGAUAGAAUAUGGAGAAAGGAAAGGGUCGUCAUCAUACUUUUAUGUAUAAAUUAAGCUGACUAGCUAACUCAUUUUAGGUUAAAAAACGGUGUGUUCAUGAAAUUUUAUACUUUUUUAUUUGUUGUUUUUGCUAUGAA